GAAGAGAAAAAGGUGAAGGAAACGACGAGGAAUGAGCAUGAUGAUAACGACAGCAAGGUGGAGUGGGAAGAGAAGUGAGAUGAGAAGAGAAACAGCGAAGGAAAUGGGACAGAUAACAAAGAGAGGAAGGAGUGAGAAGAGAAACUAAAUCAAGAAAACACGAAUAUGAGAAACGAAAAGAAGUGUGACUGGCAAUAGCAACACAACGAUUAACGAUGCGAAAAGUAACAAAGAAAACGACAUGAGAAGGCCAUGACAUCAAGUAGCCGCGUCACGUGCUGUCGACAACACAUUUAAUUUCUGCUGUGGUUUAUAAAUCUAGCACCCUGGAUCUCACUCUUCUUUUUUUUCAGAUUUUUCAGCUUAUAUCAUCUGUAAUGUCACUAACACAGUCUUACUUUUCUAUUUCAGGGUUGUGAGAGAGGCGGCGGGGCUUCCUACGAGCUGCCGCCGCCAAGGUCCCGUGCAGACCCGAGGGAAAGGCUGUGGAGCGCGGCAAGCCAGUGACUCGCCGCUAAUCAUUGUCAAGUCAUCUCGAUUGUUUUGUGGCAAGAGAAGGAUUCUGUUAGUGGACGUGUGUUCAGAGCGAGGCUAUGAAAAAUUCUCAGUGCGGGAUGCGUCAGUGUUAGUGAUGCUUGGGAAGCACUAGACCGCGGGAGUCCCCUAAGCCUCAGUCUUACAGCGGCGCAAAAAAAUAUGGCAGCCCGCCACCCCUGAGCGUAGCGUGCCAGUCCUCCAGUUCUGUGCUGCCCUCCACGGCCAUCUCACCCUCCUCCCUCGAUGCUUGACUGACACGAUGAUCCCGAGCAUCACUGCCAAUCGCUCGGCCAGCUGGGAGAAGCACAUCCAUAGUCUGUUUGGGCUGCCCUCGUCAGAGACGGGCCAGGACGACAAGGGCGUGAGUCUGGAUGAUACGCCCUUCCUCAUUGACGGAUCUACGCCAGAUCAGGCGGAUACUGACUGGCAGCAGGCGAGAAGAGUGGCGGGGCAGCCCUCUCUCCCCUCCUGGACUGUGGGGAAGCUUGGCAGCGCGGCCUCCCGUGAGCCGGAGGGAGGCGGGCGAUGGCUGUUCCAGACUGUGUCCAGAGCGAGAGGGGAGGGUAGAGAAAGCUCCACCCUGGCCAGCGUGAGUAGUGACCUGGCCACAUCUGGGCUGGAAGGAGACCACCACUCACACCAUAUCCCAAGCGCUGCUGGCGGCGACGGUGAAGGUGAUGAUGGUUACGUUAUCAAAUUGUCGAGCGGCGCAGACGAACAAGCAGCGCCAGCGUGGUGGCAGCAGGCACCCAACACCACCGAGCUGCUGCUGCUCGACGGGUCACAGAAUGCCUCCGAGUGGCUCAAUGACACUCUGAUGAGCUGGAAGAGUGAGAGUUCUCCGGCCCUCAACGUGUCCGCCACGUGCAGGAACCUCUCCUUCAAUGGGUCUGGCUGCCUUCAGGACGAGGCUCCCCCAUUUGAGGUGACCCCGGAAAGCCUCGCCCUGUGCCUGCUCCUCCUUUUCUUCGCAGUGUCUACCAUCUUCGGCAACGGCCUGGUGAUCGUGGCCGUGGCCCGCGAGCGGUACCUGCACACCGUCACCAACUACUUCAUCAUGUCCCUGGCAGUGGCUGACUGCCUGGUGGGGGCGCUGGUCAUGCCCUUCAGUGCUCUCUACGACUCCUUCGAUUACUGGCCGUUUGGCCCAGACUUCUGUGACGUGUGGCGCAGCUUUGACGUGCUCGCCUCCACCGCCUCCAUCCUCAACCUGUGCGUCAUCUCCCUGGACCGCUACUGGGCCAUCACGGACCCUUUCAGCUACCCGACCCGCAUGUCGCCCAAGCGGGCAUGCAUGCUCAUCGCACUGGUGUGGGUGUGCUCUGCCCUCAUCUCCUUCCCUGCCAUCGCGUGGUGGCGGGCAGUGUCUGAGCCACACCCAGUGGGCGCCUGCCCCUUCACUGAGGACCUCUCCUACCUGGUGUUCUCCUCCACCAUCAGCUUCUACGGGCCACUCUUCGUGAUGGUCUUUACUUACUUCCGCAUCUACCGCGCAGCGACGGAACAGACUCGCUCCCUCAAGCUCGGCCAGAAGCUGGUGUCCUCCUUGGGUGAUGGGGAGAUGGAGCUGACCCUCCGCAUACACCGUGGAGGAGGCGGCAGCAGCUCCAACAGCACGGGCAACGGCGUGCACCGCACCCACUACGCGGCGGGCAAGACGUACAGCUGCGCGCAGGAGAACGGAGGCAUAAAUCACCCUCAGAACGCAAGCCAAUCCCUAGAAGACAGCGAGGCGUGUCCGCUAGGGGCGUCCCUGCACGAGGGCACUUCGCCAGACAGCUCUACCAAAGUAGUGUCGCGAAACUUGAAAAACUUCUCCAUUUCACGCAAACUGUGUAAAUUCGCGAAGGAAAAGAAGGCGGCAAAGACCCUGGGCAUUGUGAUGGGCGUGUUUAUUGUGUGCUGGCUGCCCUUCUUCGUCACCAACCUUCUCUCCGGCCUGUGCGGGGAGCGGUGCAUCAGGGAGCCCGCGCUGGUGGACGGCGUGGUCACCUGGCUGGGCUGGAUCAACUCCGCCAUGAACCCUGUGAUCUACGCCUGCUGGGCCAAAGACUUCAGGAGGGCGUUCACUCGCAUCCUGUGCUCCUGCUGCCCUCGCCGGUGCCGCAAGCGCUACCAGACCAGGUGGAAGGGAGGCAUCGCGCAGAUCAUCGUCACCCCGGUCGUGUCCACCCUCAGCACCUCCUUCAUCAAGAGCGCGGAGCCACGGCCAUGCGUCCCCUCAGCUCCCUACACCCCCGUGGCGCCCGCCCUCGCCUCCGCCCUCGUCGCCGCCACUUCAGGAACCUCCAAAUAGACCUGACCAAACCCCAAGAAGCCCCAAAACAAGACCCUGUUCUGUUUACCUGAGAAAUUUAGGGCGUCUGCACACGUUAUCUUACACCUGUAGCUUGGUGCCCUGAUGACCCUUUGUUUACCUGUAGAAGUUGUUACCUUUGCUGUAUCCACAUCAGUUUAUGUACGAGUGUUCAGCCCCAAGGAAGUUGUACUAAUCUAACUCUUGUUCUCUCCUUUAUGUCUCGCCUUGUUACCGUUUGUCUCCCGCAUUCAGGUAUUCUCACGUUCCUAUACACCUCUCCUACUUCAUUGACCUAAAUUAUUCACUGUCUAUAUAAAUACCAUCCCUUCUGACUGUUCGGUAUACCCUAAAUGGCGCUUCACGACUAUAUGGAAAGGUAUCAGCCUCUGUGUCUAACCUCCCCAUUUCUUCCGUAAUUUCAACAAUGGGAGAAAAGGAAAUACAUUCCAUAGCCACCUCACACUUUUCUGAUUUUUUUUUCUUUGAUAGGAUUUGGGUCAGUGUCUCUCAUUGUUUAACAUGUCCCGUUACAGCUGAGUGGCAUCUUUUUCCAAAAUAGUAUGCAAUUAUUACAUUUCACCGUCACUUUCAUUUUCCGGGUAAAUGUCUUAAUACAGGUUCUAUGUAUUGUUCAUCCCGUCCUCCCUUGACAAUUGUAAGGCUUUUUCUUCCCUCUCAUUGUCCGUCAUUGCCAUAUUUCACCGUCACAUUCAUCGUCAGUCAUCACCACAGCUCAUGCUCAACAGGUAGUUCUCAUGUUUAUCCCACAAUUUUACUCACCCCUAUGCUGAUGACUACAGACUUAUUACUUCCUUAUCCAAUUAGCCAAGGUCAUCAUGUAGUUUUUAUGUAUCACUGCUCGACUUGGUUUGUGCUCUGAAAUCCUUUGUUCUCUCAUCAGGACUAUUUUAAAACCCACAGAGAUGAUUAGUCAGGUUUUUAUGGAUAUUUUCUCCAUUAAUGGUGCAGAACCCUUACUAAACUGUCAUGGGAAUCAUGAAAACAUCCUCCAAAACCUAAAUAACUUCCACUACAGCUUGUCAGAGUAGUCGGGAUAAGACACUGAAACGAUUGAGAGUACGAAUCCCUUCAUCUCAUGCACUACUCACAAUCCUCACUAUCGCACUCCACUCUUCAUUCGCCCUCGCCACUGACUCACUCCUCUCGUCACAAACGCCGAUACUACUUAGGCAGGUGUGCGGACAAGUUCCCACACUAAUCACCUGUCGUUAACCUGCCUCCUGAUCUCUGCCACUCACACACACAUGCACCUCCAGGUCUCCUUCAUCACUGCCUCGAACCACGGCCGCUGUAAAAAUGUUCACGCGAUAACGUUAACUUAUGGUGACCUGUAAUGACACUUUUACAGCCCACAACCAGCACCACCACCACUGUGUUAAGGAGUGAGGGUGUUAAUAAGGCGACCUCUAGCAGCUGCAAUCUUGUAUUUAUCACCCUUAUUGUCAUUGCAACCCCGGCUUCCACGUGAAAAUAUAAAUUUAUUUUUUUUAUUAUUUCUUUCUCAGUGGUGUAUUUUCCUUCAGAUUUCCACGUGUGUUCCCUUGAAUUGAUUCCUCCAGUGGUGAUGCGUAAUGGUGUUCUUUGCUGUCCAUAUCUUAAGGGUUAGUUUACGUAUUUUAAGACGAAACUUCUUCACAGCGCUUCUUUUUCAUUAUUGUGACGGUUUUGGUAGUCAGACUAAAUGGAUUUACUUCCUUGUUAUUUUCUUUUUUUCUUACCCUUGCUUCUUAUCCCUCAUCAUUUAUUAUUGUCCGUUUCUUAGUUUUCACUCUUUUCUUCCUUAAAGCACAUUAACACAAAGCCAAGUGUAAAACAGCUGGCCAAUAAUUAACAUCUCCCUUCAUCUUUACUAACAAAAAGUUCUCGAAACACAAUGGAACGAAAAAAAAGAAGAAAAGUGAAGCAGUGAGUCUCAAAGCAAAGCAGAGAAUCAGUCCCACACAAACAAACAAACAAACAAACAAACACACUCCACCUUUACACGCAUCAUUCAUCACACUCCCGUAACAAAAUUGAAAAAAAAAAAAAAAUUACGCGCACAUCUAUUUUUCAAUUGGAACGCCCGCACUACCCACCCCCGCCAAAAAAAAAAAAAAAGGCAAUGUAAAAGAAUGUAUACAACCGGAACCAUCAAAAUACAGCCUUCACAGAGAGAGAGAGAGAGAGAGAGAGAGAGAGAGAGAGAGAGAGAGAGAGAGAGAGAGAGAGAGAGAGAGAAUAAACAAACAAAAUAAAUAAAUAAAUAAAUAAAUAGUGUAAGAAAGUACUUCAGUAAACAUCGAACGGAAAUCAGAGUCCUUUCGAUACAAUACUUAUUUUCUAACUUGAGAGGAGGAAAUGAAAGGGUGACGCGUGGCAGUGACUGAAGCGUGAAACUCGAGGCAAAGAAGUAUCGACGCAAUAAAUCCAUCCAUCGUUAGGGAAAGUAGCAUUGGAGGGGGAAGGAGGAGGAGGAGGAGGACGAUGACGAAAAGGAAAAGAGGAAGAAUAUAGAGAACGAUUAUGAGAAGGAUCAGAAGAAAAAUAAAGAUCAGGAGGAAAACGGGGAGGAGGAGAGGAGGAGGAGAAGAGGAAGAACAAAGAGAAUGAUUAUGAGUAGGACCAGAAUAAAAAUAGGAUCAGGAUGGGAACCGGGAGGACAAGAAUAGGGCAAGAAGAAGGAGGAGAAGGAGGAGGAGGAGGAGGAGGAGGAGGAGGAUAAUAUAGCUGAAAAAACGGAGGAAAAGAAGAAAUGAAUGUAGCAGGAAGAGAAAUACGAGGAUGAAUAGGACAAGUACAGGAGAAGGACGCAGGAAUGUUUUGAUUGGUAACUGACCUUGAGAGGGAGUGAUCCUAUUGGCUAAGCUGGUGAUGGAGAAUGAUGGCGCCCUGCACAACGCCCAAUUGCUCUGCGGGAGUUAUGUGUGUGUGUGUGUGUGUGUGUGUGUGUGUGUGUGUGUUCCUGGGGUGAUGGGUGGCCGGAUAAAUUUCUGCAAUACCAUAAUAGAUUCCCGUGGAUAAUCAUGGUUUCACACACACACACACACACACACACACACACACACACACACACACACACACACAGGAGUAAUACAACACCAAUCACACGGCGGCAAACACAUAAAUAAGCAACGGUUUUAAAGGUAGGCCGGUUUCAAAGUUUAGGCCUAUACGUGCCAACCAAACCGCCCAUAUAAAUCAGGGCCAGGCACCGUGAAAAUAAUAACAGGCUUAAGUCUCUACCACCCCAGCCAGGGAGGAGAAGGGUGAACAUCACAGUAAGGAGGAACGCAAAAGCGUACCUGUCAGCGAUCUUCAAAGCGCUUGUGACCCGUGAAAUUGAAGUUGAAGGGAAAAAUAGGAUUAUUAUUAGUAUUAGUAGUAGUAGUAGUAGUAGCAUUGUUGUUGUUGUUGUUGUUGUUGCCGCACCAUCAUAAGUCACAGAUGAAGGACUUCAGUUUUCUAACAGGUAGACGGAAGGAAAGAAAGAAAAGAAAAAAAAAAGGACGAUAAAUACCUUUGCAUUUAGCAACAUUUUUCUACAAUUCAUGAUUCGCUCCUUCACUCAUAAAACACUGUUAAAUUAAAGGAGACAUAACUGCAAUAACUGCCUCGCCGAUCUCAUUGUAAAAGUGGAUUUCAGCUCUUCUUUUUCUCCUCGUAAAAAUUUCCGCUCAUGAAAUGUUACCAGAUUAAAGUUAAUACAAUGAUGAGAAGACCUGCCUUACUCUUCACUCUUUGCCUCCACAUGUUCUCGAUAAAGAUUUGCUGUGGGGCGCUGCAUCACCCUGGCAACCUUCACUAAAGCCUAUCGCUUCUAUUCUCACAACAUACAAAGUCAAGGUGUGGUAGUUUUAGUUAUCCUUGAAAGGUCUCACGUUUUCUACAAUACUGUAACAUUUCGUUUCCUUCGGUACACUGAACGAAACUCAUUCCAGUUUUAUAUAUAUAUAUAUAUAUUUUUUUUUUUUUCAUUUUUAAUUAUUUACCUAUUUUAUCUAAUUACAUGUUGCUUCCAGUUCUUAUGUUUACUGAUGUCAAGAACUUAUUAACAAUAGCUUUACACAUGUCAAAGCUGGGCGAACCACACUGCGGCAGAAAUCAGCGAGAGAGUCAGAUUCAAACCCACGUUACCACCCUCACAAGUCUGGCAUUCUGUAGAAACACUCCAUUAUGUGGAUUUUUUUUUCUUUUUUUAUUCUUCCAUUACUACAUAACGAUGGCAAAUACUUAUUCCGUUUUUUUUUUUUUCUGAAUUACUACUCUAUGUAUAACCAAGAUAUACUCCAUUACGCAUUUUUUUUUCUAUUCCUCCAUUACCAUAUAGCCGAGUACAUGAUUUUCCAUUGUGCAAUCUUCCCUUUUCAUCAGAACAUAAAAAAAAAACAUAAGAUAAGGUGCAAGAAGCCAACAGGCCUACACGUGGCAGCUCCUAAACGAAAUACGCCUUUCUAUUUCCACCUAUUAUUCUCAUCCAUAAAUCUGUCUGAUCUUCAAUUAAAGCUCCCUAAUGACAACACUAACAACUGGGUGUAUUCUAUUAAUCUACCACUAUAUUUUGGGAACUAAUUUCUUUUUUUAUUUAACUUUAUCAAGCUUGAACCUAUCAUUUAUUGUCCUAUCCAGAUUACUGAUCCUGACGAUUUUCCUUGUCACCAUUUUUAUGUCCCCUGCACCAUUUCUGGUCUAAAUAACUUAACUUUCCGUUCCUCUCGUUUGCUCUGUAUCGCCACUCGAGUCAACACACAUCUGGGAACACGAGCAAAGUUUCUCUGCUUCUUUCACGUAGUCGUUGUCAGUGUCAAUGACUAGGAAUAUACUAAUAUAGGUUGUUAUCCCCGAUUACAACAAGUCAGUGUCUACCUUAGUGGUGUUACAUCUGUGUUGUACAACUGUGUUACUCCAGGUGUCAGGUGGGGAGGCUUGAGGUGUCAGGCACAGGUGAGGUGCUGCUAGGGGCGUUACCUGUCCGGGACGCCAGGUAAUGUUAGAUAUUGAGUUCCAGAUGGAGAAUUAUUUAGUUAAGAAUUUUUAUAACAAGAUAAUAUAUUAUGUGCGAAGGGUUACUGGUCACUGGGAGGUGGAAGACUAAAGACACAACCAAAAAUUUACUUUAUAGACAGACUGAGUUUUUCGUUUCCUUUGAGUCACUUUGGAAGGGUAUUCGUUCACGUCUCAUGGGGAAACCUACACAAAAUGAAAACAUAAUGACGGCGAGACUGCAGCUGGGGAAAAGAAAAGCUCAUGUGUGUGUGUGUGUGUGUGUGUGUGUGUGUGUGUGUGUGUGUGUGUGUGUGUGUGUACAGCCAUACCGCUUCCUGAAUUGUGUACAUACAUCAUAUCAUGAGUGUUUGCCAUGCCCUCUGUUUCCCCUCAAGGACGCAGCAACACUGUAAAUCGUUCACUGUACACGCUUUAUCAAUAGAAUUAAUGGAUAUAUUAAAAAAAAAGUAUCAGUGUAUGUCUCGAGUUAAUCAUUUAUGUAUUUCUACAGUACUUCAGCUUCCUUUUAUACUGUCAGUGAUCCUUUGAGACAAUAUUUGUAUCGUCUACCCAACGGAAAAUAAAACGUAACCCACAAUUUUAGAAA